GGUUAGCCCCUCCCCACCAUUCCCCGCGGGCAUUAUUCUCAGAGUCCCGAGAGAGGAGCCAGCCAGCGGAGCCGUCAUGCCGUAUGCAGUGCGCAGGGGCCGUCAGAGCGGGGUGUAUGACUCCUGGGAGGAGUGUCAAGAACAAGUGCACCGCUACCCUAAUGCAAAAUUCAGGAAAUUCACGACCCAUGACAACGCGUGGAGUUAUGUAGAUCGCGAUGAGGAAGACUCUUCUUAUGCCUCCAAUUACUCAUCAAAUCACAGAAGAAGAGAUACUUCAUCUGCUGUUGUGUACACAGAUGGCUGCUGUACACGAAAUGGCCAAUAUGAAGCACGAGGUGGGAUUGGUGUUUACUGGGGUCCCAAUGAUCCAUUGAAUGUUUCAGAAAGGCUUGAAGGGAGACAGACUAAUCAAAGAGCUGAACUUGAGGCUGCAAGUAGAGCAGUGGAACAAGCAAGAGCUCAAAAUGUACCUAGACUUCAAGUUUGCACAGACAGCAAGUUUACUACCGACGGCAUGAAUAAAUGGGUGCAUUCAUGGAAGCAAAAUGGAUGGAAGACCUACAGUGGUGGAGAAGUGGUCAACAAGGAAUCCUUCCAGAAGUUAGACCGGCUGUGUAAGGGCAUGGAUGUCACUUUCAAACAUGUUCCAGGGCACUCUGGACUUGUUGGAAAUGAAAUGGCUGAUCAACUAGCAAAAAAAGGCUCAAGGAGAUGAAUAAUUAAAUUUUGAUAUCUACUUUACUGGUUUUGGGGCAUUCAAGUGUUCACUGAAUUGACAAUCAGAGGAAGCAGAUUUUUAGUUUGGAUGUUAACACAACUAGUUAAUUUUAAAUUAAAUCCUUGAAUUUCCUCACCACCCAUUUACAUAUCUGUUAACUGUGUGUAAACCACAUCUCACUAACUUUUAAACUGCUUCAGAGCGGUCUGUCUGUUAUUAAAACUCCAUUACUGAAUUAAGAAACCACCAACGUUUCAGUCCCCGCUCAGAACUUUCCCCAGGGUCAACAAUAAAACCACAAUGUACACCUACAUAUAAGCAUAAUAAAUACAUACAUGAAUAAUCAUAGAAACUCGCCAAAGGUGUUGUGCACCCACGAGAAUGCUCCGCCCCCACCAAUCAUGUAGGGCGUGAAAUCUUAAACGGGGGACACGACCAGAUCACCAUGGUGAUCCCACAAAAACUGUACUCCGUGUCUGAAAGGAACUUCCACCAAAAAGAUAGGAUAAAGGCUAAUUAAAAAAUAAACAUAUCGAUUUUUACACAUCAGCACUUUUCAUGCUAUAGCUGUUUCAGUGGCACUUAUUUUCACAUUCAUUUAUGGGCCUUAUAUCACUUUUUGAAG